UCACGAUAGUCGUUCACGAACGAUAAACAUCCGAUUAUCUAUUUUUUGCGGACUUAAAGUUGCGUGUCAUUCACUUUGAGUAUUCAACAUUGUCAUCGUGCUUAGGAAAUUAUCUUCGUAAUUUGAAGAAAUCGUGAUGCAAUGCGUAAUCUGAAUAAAUGAUAAGCAUUUUCAUGAAUGGAUAUUAAAUGACGUAAAUUUCUCUAAUCAAGUGUAAUUACCUACGAUGCACCAUUUAUACAGUUUUUUUCAUCGAAUGACGCUUGUCAUUUUACCCUUCGUAAUUGAAUCUGAAACUGUGACAGUGAUUUAAGUGAAAUUCUUCAAAUAUUUAAUGGUCGUACGACGGACUAGAGUAAAAACGAUUGAGAAAGAACGCUUCCUAAGCUUCUAAGCCCGGAAUAGCAGAUCAUCGUAAUUACGACACCGGUUCAAUUCGUUACAUAACGUCAGGCUCGUACGAACAGUGCCACUAGUUUUCUCUAUCGCUAUACCUUUACUCUCUUAUCAUUCAAAGAGGCACGUAUUAUGCGACAGAGUGAUAAGCAAACAAGAAGUGUCAAUAAAUGAAUAAUUAUUAGAAACACUAUCAAACUCGCUAUUUAUAUCUCUCUUAAAUAGAUAGAGAUUAUUUUACAAAAUAUCGAAGAGGCAACUGUGAAAUCAUCAUUGGUAUUGGGAUUCCCUCGAAAAGAACCAACAGUGUUGGUUGCGUUACGCUUGUUAUGGACCCAGUGACGAAUCACCUUCAGUAGAGGGGAGAUAGCGUUGCCUCACGAAGCCGUGGUUUGUCAGAACUACUGUCAGAGCCAGUGUCUUAGACGCUGAUAGACCCGCAACCAUGUGGGUACCACGAACGAUCCUUUUCUUAUUAUUCGUGUUUCUCGCAUCAUGUGCCGAAACGAAGAAUUCGGUGCCGCAGAAGAAGCUGAAGAUCUUGGGAUUCUUUGGCCACCUCGGCAAGAGUCAUUUCGACGUGUUCAAGCCGCUUUUGGAAGAAUUAGCCCGUCGUGGUCACGAUUUGACGGUGGUCUCCCAUUUCCCGAGAACAGAGAAGGCCAUCGCGGCUGAAUCAUUGCCCAAUUACAAGGACAUCGAUUUAAGAGACGAAAGGUACGGUGUAUUCAUAAACGUGGUCGAUCUGAAAAUGAUCACAGAUUCGCCUUUAAGAAUAUUCAUGGAGUUGUACGGUUUGCACAACAUGUCGUCUGUAGCCUGCGAAGUCGGCUUGAAACAUCCACUAGUUAAGCAGUUAGCGACUUCCGGCGCGAAGUUCGACCUGGUGCUCACGGAGAGCUUCAAUACGAAUUGUUUCAUGGUGGUCGUUCACAAGUUCAACGCCCCUGUCAUUGAAAUAUCCACUCAUCAGCUGAUGCCAUGGGCGAUCGAACAUAUGGGAAUUUCUAACGAGGCUAGUUAUAUCCCUACUAUGCUCACCCGUUUGCCAAGGCCGAUGAGUUUCACGGACAGAGUAUGGAACGCUAUAACCAUAUGGUUUUUAACCACUUUUUACAACACCGUCUAUCAUUGGAAGGAUCAAACGAUUGCCGAGCAAGUAUAUGGACCGGGCAUCCCUAAUUUAAAGGACCUCAGCAGAAAUGCAACCAUGAUGUUCGCUAAUACUCAUUACACUCUUCAUGGGUCUAUGCUCUUGCCUCCUAAUGUCGUUGAAGUUGGAGGGCUGCACAUACCGCAGAAAACGAAUCCUCUGCCGAAGGACAUCGCCAAGUUCCUCGACGAAGCUCGCGAGGGUGUUUUGUACUUCAAUCUCGGUUCCAUGGUGAAAACCUCCAGUAUGCCGAAGGAUAAAAUGGACGCCCUGCUGAAAGUAUUCGGUUCUAUUCCUAGGAAGAUCAUCUGGAAGUGGGAGACUGACGAGUUACCGCAACUACCUCCGAAUUUUUUGGUGAAGAAGUGGCUACCCCAAUACGACAUACUGGCUCACCCUAACGUCAAGUGCUACUUCGGCCACGGUGGUCUUCUGGGUUUGUCAGAGGGUGUAUACAGGGGGGUGCCCAUGAUUCUGAUGCCCUUUUACGGGGAUCAGUAUCAGAACUCGAUAGCAGCCCAAGCCAGAGGGGCUGCGAUAGUCUUGAAAUUCACCGAAUUAAACGAACAGACACUGAGACACGCGGUGGACGAAGUUUUCAAUAAUACCAGAUACCUGGAGAACGCUCGGCAGCUUUCAAAAGCUUACAGAGAUCGGCCUGCGACACCAGUGGAGACGGCUGUUUGGUGGACGGAGUACGUGGGUCGAGGGAAUGGUGUGCCGUAUCUAAAAAGCGAGGGGUCAAAGAUGUCCUGGUGCAAACGUAAUCUCGUCGACGUUGCCGCCUUUCUGAUAGCCGUAGCAUUGAUCGUUCUUUACAUUCUUUAUCGCGCGAUCAAGUGUCUCGUCUUCUCAGGCAGGAAGUCAAAGAGCCACAAGAAAAGAGAUUGAAACCUGUGCCAUUAAUAAUACGUACUCCUUCUUUUUAAAGAGAACAUUGUACAAACGUGAAUUUGUGAUGCGACGUGGUUUCUCCUAAUUUUAACUCGCAUCCUCUCGAAACAAAAGUGUGUACGCUUCAAAGGAAAGACCAAAGAGAAGAUGGAAAGGAGAAAAAGGAAAAAAGAAAUAGAAAGAUGAGGGAAAAAAGGGGAGGUUGGGAAGCAGCUUUGCGGGGCAUUACUCGGUAUUUCCCAGGUGGCCGAGUCACCGACUUUGCCUCGUGCCAACGACGAAGGGAACAACGGUGAAGACGAAGAGGCGAAGGUUUUACUGCGACCAGGAGGUUGCAUCGGUUCUCUUCUGGCUGUGCUCACAGCUGGAGGCAACUGGAACCGGUGGUGUGCUCGAAUGCACUUCAACACCGUGCACACACAUCCACCUAGACGAUGACAACAAAGAUGUAUCGCGUCUACCGUUGCCAGAUUAAAUGCGACCGGAUGUUUCCUGCUACCUUCUGUUCGCUCGCGUUCAGUUUUCACCCUCCCACGCUCCGCCUUCGGCCUCUUUCAACUUCCUCCUGGAUCCUCGCUGGAGCGACUCGUAAAGAUAUACGCGGAACGAUAAACGCGACGGAGAAAUUCCGUUCGAACGACGCGUCGAUGGUACUCGCUUCGCGCGAUAACGCGUCUAGCUGGCGAUUCUCGUUUUUCGCGAUAUCGUUAUGGCAAUAUCGCUAGGUUCCUUUCGGAACGACCUCAUCUCAUGGUUUUCUUUUCGCUACUUUCUUCAGCGAUGAAUUCUCACGAGGAUCGUCCAGCGGGAAGGUAAUUUAACCAUGGUGCUCGUUUGAAGUUUCAAUAUUGAUUAGUUUAAUUAAUUACUUGAUAUUGGAAGAAUGUAAGAGUACAAAUAUUAAUUUUUAUGAUUU